AUGUCUACCCAAGCCGCUUUAGAAGCAGAGCAGAAGGCCUUCGAGGCCGAAGUUGCAGCUGUGAAGGAAUGGUGGUCCUCGCCCCGAUGGCGCUUCACCAAGAGACCUUUCACCGCGGAACAAAUCGUUUCGAAGAGAGGAAAUCUUCCCAUAAGCUACCCAAGCAACGACCAGAGCAAGAAGGUUUGGGAGAUUCUUGAGAGGAGGUUUGCUGGAAAGGAAGCAAGCUUCACUUAUGGAUGUCUUGAUCCCGUCAUGGUCACCCAGAUGGCCAAAUACCUGGAAACCGUGUAUGUGAGCGGUUGGCAAUGUUCCUCCACAGCAAGCUCCACACACGAGCCCAGCCCGGAUUUGGCAGAUUAUCCUAUGGACACCGUCCCCAACAAGGUGGAACAUCUCUUUAAGGCACAAUGCUUCCAUGACAGGAAACAGCGUGAAGCCCGCUUGUCAACACCGUUAGCAGAGCGUGCUAAACAGGCAAACAUUGAUUACCUUCGGCCCAUAAUUGCCGAUGCCGAUACUGGCCAUGGAGGACUUACAGCAAUCAUGAAGCUUACGAGACUUUUCGUCGAGAAGGGUGCCGCUGGAAUUCACAUUGAAGAUCAAGCCCCAGGAACAAAGAAGUGUGGUCACAUGGCUGGAAAGGUUUUGGUGCCAGUCAGUGAGCACAUCAACCGUCUUGUUGCUAUCAGAGCACAAGCUGAUAUCAUGGGCGUGGACCUUCUUUCUGUUGCCCGUACCGACUCCGAAGCUGCAACACUGUUGACCUCCACAAUUGACCACCGAGACCACCCCUUCAUUCUUGGCUCAACAAACAGCUCCCUCCGACCCCUUCACGAUCUCAUGGUAGAGGCUGAGAGUUCCGGGAAGUUUGGUGACGCUCUGCAGGCCGUGGAAGACGAAUGGACCGCUGCUGCCGGUGUUAAAACAUUUGACGAGGCGGUUAUUGAUGUUAUCAAUGCUGGAACUUCUGCCGAUAAGCCGAAGGUUAUCGAACAGUAUCUUUCUGCGGUAAAAGGAAAGAGCAACACUGAGGCAAGAAAAGUUGCAAAAGAUAUUACCGGUACUGAUGUAUACUGGAAUUGGGAUGCCCCAAGAACUAGGGAGGGUUUCUAUAGAUACAGGGGAGGGACAAAAUGCGCUGUCAUGAGAGCUGUUGCAUAUGCUCCGUACACCGAUUGCUUGUGGAUGGAGAGCAAGAAGCCUGACUAUGCUCAGGCGGUUGAGUUUGCCGAGGGCGUUCACGCUGUUUGGCCAGAGCAGAAACUGGCAUACAACUUGUCACCAAGUUUCAACUGGAAGGCCGCUAUGUCUACCGAGGAGCAGGAAACCUACAUUGAGAGACUUGGGAAGCUUGGAUACUGCUGGCAAUUUAUUACACUUGCAGGACUCCACACCACUGCCUUGGCUUCAGACACCUUUGCAAAGAACUACGCAAAGCAAGGAAUGAAGGCCUACGGAAACUUAGUCCAAGAACCCGAGAUGGAGAACGGCGUCGACGUUGUGCUUCACCAGAAAUGGAGUGGUGCGAACUACAUUGAUAACAUGUUGAAGAUGGUUACUGGAGGCGUAUCAUCGACAGCAGCCAUGGGAAAGGAAGUGACCGAGACGCAAUUUACUGGGUUCACCAAAAACUAA